UCUCGUCGUGGGAUUCCAUCACGAUAGUGCUACAUGGGCUACCAUCGCUUUAGGGGUCUUGUUUGGGAUCCUUUGUGUGGUUGGGGCUUUAGGGAUUUGGAAGAGAUCAAGGGCCCUGUUGAUUUUGUAUGCAUGUCUGGGAACAGUCUCUGUCGCAUUGGGCAUCGUCCACCUGUUGAUGAUCACAAACGUCUUUUAUCCCUCGGUCAUCGAUCAAGUCCAGCCCGAUCGCGUUCUAAUCGUUGGCAAGACAGUGUGUGGGUACUAUGCUGACCAAGGGUAUUCGGCUUGGUAUUCGAGUGCGCAUGGGAAUAGUACAUCCAUGUCGGGCGGGAAUACGACAUCCACGUUGCGGCCUCCGAUCAUUGCCAAAAGACAGGCAAACAACGGUACCACGAUACCUGGGACCAAUGCAACCAGCGGGACACCAAACACCAAUGCCACGACCACCGCGACACUGGGAAAACCAAUGGAAAUGCAAGUCGGUAUCCCACUCUAUGCCGCAAAUGUGGCCUUUAUCGGUAUCGGUAUCCUAGGCGCAACCUUUCUCCCCAUCUCGCGCCGCCUGAUUCGCUCGUCAAACCUCUUUCACUCGGACCCAGAAGCCAACCACCUCACAUCAACUCUCGGAUCAGUGGCGGCAUCAUCGACACCAGGAACACUCCAAAAACCCAAGAAUGCGGACUCGUUGAAACGUAAACCAACGAGCAUGACGUCUAUUCCAAGUUAUUACCAUAAAGCUGGGACAAAGGACCUUGAACCCAAUCUCCGCGUUACGGCUGUUGGUAAAGUUCCGCCUCCCGUCUCAUCCAAUUCUAGCCGUCAACCCACAUCCCCUCAACAACAAUCCCCUCAACAACAACAACAACAACAACAACUUACUGUACAAACCUCUUCCCGUCCCACCUCACCAUCCACCGCACCUCAAACCCGAAAACCAAUGAAAUCCAUUCACAACAUUUACACCAUCCAAUGUAAAACCUGCUCCCAAACCCUCCCGCUCACACUCGCAUCGUCCCAUACCUGCCCCCCCUCUCCCUCCCCUUCUUCUCCGACGUUAUCCUCAGCUUCACCCACAAGCACAACAUUCGGCUCUUUGGAACCCCUCUACACCCAACGCGCGAAAAGACCCUACGUCCCCGUUCUUUCUGAUGAAAUCCGAUUGGAAAGGAAUGAACUUGUUCGUGUGUAUGAGGUGUAUGAGGAUGGGUGGGGGGUGGGUGAGAAUGAGAGUGGGGAGAUGGGUGCGUUUCCGUUGGGGUGUUUGGACUCGAAUCAGAUUCGGGAUCGGAGGGAGAGUUUACGGUAAGAACGAGGUGGAUGGAAGGUAUUAUCUCUUUUUUUUUUUUU